CCCACCUCACCUCGCCACCACCACCACGACGACGUACUUUUGCUGAUCGAUCAAUGACGCGGAGGAGGAGCCUCGCCGGGGGUGCGGCGGCGGCUGUGGUGGUGCUCGCGGCGGCGGCGGCGGCGGCGUUCCUGUCCCUGCUCGACGGCGCGGCGGCGCUGCACCUGUGCACGGACAGGCUGUUCAACGACACGCAGGGGAGGCACUCUGACGGGCUGCCGCACCUGAACCAGGCGGAGGAGGCGACGUGGAUGGGCCUCCUGCCCCGCCGCGCCGGGCCCCGGGACGAGCUCGACUGGCUCGCGCUCUACCGGAGCAUCACCCGCGGCGGCGGCGACGUCGGCGGCGAGCCGGCGGGGUUCCUCUCGCCGGCGUCGCUCCACGACGUCCGUGUCGACCCGUACGGCGCCAACAUGUACUGGCAGGGGCAGCAGACCAACCUCGAGUACCUCCUCUACCUCGACCCCGACCGCCUGACAUGGACGUUCCGGCAGCAGGCCAAGCUCCCCACCGUCGGCGAGCCCUACGGCGGCUGGGAGGCGCCGGACGGCCAGCUCCGCGGCCAUUUCACAGGUCACUACUUGAGCGCGGCGGCGCACAUGUGGGCGAGCACGCACAACGACGCGCUGAGGGAGAAGAUGACCAAAGUGGUGGACAUCCUCUACUCUUGCCAGAAGAAGAUGAACACGGGUUACCUCUCAGCCUACCCUGAAUCCAUGUUCGACGCGUAUGAUGAGCUGGCCGAGGCAUGGUCGCCCUAUUACACCAUCCACAAGAUCAUGCAAGGCCUUCUUGAUCAGUAUACAUUGGCUGGAAACCCGAAAGGUCUUGAGAUUGUGGUGUGGAUGACUGAUUACUUCAGUACUCGUGUGAAGAAGUUGAUACAGGAGUACAGCAUUCAGAGGCACUGGGAAGCGAUAAACGAGGAAACCGGUGGAUUCAAUGAUGUUAUGUAUCAGCUUUAUGCCAUAACGAAAAACCAGAAGCAUUUGACGAUGGCACAUCUUUUCGACAAACCGUGCUUCCUUGGACCACUUGGGCUGCAUGAUGACGACAUAUCGGGAUUGCAUGUUAACACACAUGUUCCUGUUAUUGUUGGUGCACAAAAGAGAUAUGAAGUAGUUGGGGAUCAACUUUACAAGGAAAUUGCAACAUUCUUCUUUGAUGUUGUAAACUCCUCUCAUACAUUUGCAACAGGAGGCACAUCUACCAUGGAACACUGGCACGAUCCGAAGCGGCUAGUAGAUGAGAUCAAAAUCAGCUCAAAUGAGGAGACUUGCGCCACAUACAACCUGCUUAAGGUCUCACGAAACCUGUUCAGAUGGACGAAGGAAGGUAAAUACACCGAUCACUACGAGAGGCUACUUAUCAAUGGGAUCAUGGGCAACCAGAGGGGAAAAGAGCCUGGUGUGAUGAUCUAUUUUCUUCCCAUGGGCCCGGGACGAUCCAAGAGCAUCAGUGGCAUGCCCACCUCUGGCCUACCCCCCAAGAACCCAGGGGGCUGGGGUAAUGCAAAUGCUACAUUUUGGUGCUGCUAUGGGACAGGGAUAGAGUCAUUCUCAAAGUUAGGGGAUUCCAUCUACUUCUUGGAAGAGGGAGAAAUCCCUGGGCUUUACAUCAUUCAGUACAUACCAAGCACCUUUGAUUGGAAAGCGGCAGGCCUGACUGUUAAGCAGCAGGCCAAACCACUGUCCUCAACAGAUUCUCACUUUGAGGUUUCAAUCUUCAUUUCUUCAAAGGGAGAUGCCCGACCGGCAAAUGUGAAUGUGAGGAUACCGUCAUGGACAUCCGUGGAUGGAGCAAUAGCAACUCUAAAUGGCCAAAAACUCAACUUGACAUCUGCAGGCGAUUUCCUCUCGGUGACGAAACUUUGGGGCGAUGACACCUUAUCUCUCAAAUUCCCCAUCACCUUAAGAACCGAGCCGAUCAAAGAUGAUCGGCCGGAGUAUUCGUCCAUCCAAGCGGUGCUGUUCGGGCCUCACCUCCUCGCCGGCCUGACGCACGGCAACCAGACCGUGAAAACCAGCAACGACUCCAACAGCGGCCUCACCCCCGGCGUCUGGGAGGUGAACGCCACCCACGCCGCCGCCGCCGUCGCCGUCUGGGUCACCCCGGUGUCGCAGUCGCUCAAUUCGCAGCUCGUCACCCUCACGCAGCGCGACGGCGACGCGCAGGCGGCGGCGGCGUUCGUCCUGUCGGUGUCGAUCGCCGACGGCGCGCUAACGAUGCAGGAGUCCCCCGUCGCCGGGAGCGACGCGUGCGUGCACGCCACUUUCCGGGCCUACCACUCCCCCUCCGGCGCCAGCGCCAUCGACGCCGCCACCGGCAGGCUUCAGGGCCGCGACGUGGCGCUCGAGCCGUUCGACCGGCCGGGCAUGGCCGUCACCGACGCGCUCAGCGUCGGCCGGCCGGGGCCGGCCACGCGGUUCAACGCCGUCGCCGGGCUGGACGGCCUCCCCGGCACGGUGUCCCUGGAGCUCGCCACCAGGCCGGGAUGCUUCGUGGCAGCCCCCACCACGGCCUACCUCGCCGGCGCCAAGGCUCAGGUCAGCUGCCGGAAACCCACCGCCGCCGGCGGCGGCGAAGACGACGACGACACGGCGUUCCGCCGCGCCGCAAGCUUCACCCAGGCGGCACCUCUCCGUCUCUACCACCCGCUGAGCUUCUCGGCGACGGGCACCGACAGGAACUUCCUCCUGGAGCCAUUGCAGAGCCUCCAGGACGAGUUCUACACCGUCUACUUCAACGUCCUCACCAAGUGAUCCACCGCCAUGUGACAGCGAGCCCAGCCUUGCCAUGGACAGAAUGACAGAUCACCAAGCUUGUCCAUGGCUUACACUACCUGUAAUGGAUAUGAAAUUAAACAUAGUUAGUACCUAAGACCUGAUUACCUAAUUAACAAUCUUCACCAUGGCCGUGAUGAUUCAAUCAAUGCGUGCAUGUGUGCUCGUGAUCCAGAAAGAAAGGGAAAGGCGAUCCAUAAAUAUUGUGCCGUUCAAUUAGGCCCCAA